AUGUUGGAGGGUCCAACCUUUCUUGUUUCGAGGGACUUACCGAGCUCAUGUGAGCAAGAGACCAGGUGGAUUUACAAUUCCUUCUGUGUGAUGCAGCUCGCGAACAAUAAGCGUCGACUGGAGCUAGAGGAAGAAGCUGUGCUGAGAAAGUCAUGCAAGCUUUCAGAUGUUCCUGAGGAAGGGGAAACAAAGAAGAACAUGCAAGAUCUUUCCCUAUCCGUGAACCAAGCUAAUGACCAAAAUCAUGCAAGUGACCAGUCAGACUCAAGUUCUCUUAUCUACCAACUCGGUCGGGACAUCUCAAUUAAUUGUCUCCUGCGAUGCUCAAGGUCUGACUAUGGUUCGCUUGCCUCAUUGAACCAAAGUUUUCGAUCUCUCAUCCGGACUGGAGAGCUUUAUAGGCUGAGGCGGCAGAUGGGUAUCAUAGAGCAUUGGGUUUACUUCUCUUGUAAUCUCCCUGAAUGGGAGGCAUUUGAUCCUAACACUAGUAGAUGGAUGCGCUUGCCUAGAAUGCCUUCUAAUGAAUGCUUUAUCUGUUCUGAUAAGGAGUCAUUGGCUGUUGGUACAGAGCUUCUUGUUUUUGGAAAGGAGAUAAUGUCUCCUGUCAUAUACAGAUAUAGCAUUUUGAUGAACGCAUGGUCAUCUGGUAUGGAAAUGAAUGUUCCUAGAUGCUUGUUUGGUUCUGCCAGCCUUGGAGAAGUUGCCAUAUUAGCUGGUGGUUGUGAUCCACGUGGCAAUAUUUUGAGCUCCGCAGAGCUUUAUAACUCCGAAACUGGAACGUGGGAGCUACUCCCAAACAUGAAUAAAGCUAGGAAAAUGUGUUCUGGUGUAUUUAUAGAUGGGAAAUUUUAUGUCAUUGGAGGGAUUGGAGUAGGUAACUCACGGCAGUUAACAUGUGGUGAAGAGUUUGAUCUGCAGACAAGAAAAUGGAGAGAAAUACCCAACAUGUUCCCUAGGCGAAAUGGAGGAUCUGAGGUGACUGAGGUAUCGGCUGCUGCUGAGGCACCUCCUUUGGUUGCAGUUGUAAAUAAUGUUUUGUAUGCUGCAGAUUAUGCCCUACAAGAGGUAAGGAGAUAUGAUAAAGACAAUAAUUCAUGGGUCACUAUUGGAAGAUUACCUGACCGCAUAGUCUCAAUGAAUGGCUGGGGAUUAGCCUUUCGCGCAUGUGGAAAUCGUCUAAUUGUUAUUGGUGGGCCAAGAGCUUUAGAUGGAAGGGUAAUUGAGAUCAAUGCGUGUGUCCCCGGUGAAGGUGUGCCAGAGUGGAACCUGCUUGCUAGCAGGCAAUCAGGAAGCUUUGUGUAUAACUGCGCAGUGAUGGGAUGCUGA